AUGUUUCAUUGUUUCAGACGCAAAACCGAUGACACAAAAGGCGUUCUGACAAGUAACACUAGCAAUGUUACGUUGAGCGACUGGAACUAUCUCAACAAACCUGGUUUUCGUCUGCAGCCUUUGCGUAUUGCUAUAUGUGGUGCAGGAGUGGCUGGACUGUGCCUUGCAUAUAAAAUCAUUGAAGCACAGAAAAAGGGUGUACUUGGACCCAUCAAGUUUGUCCUGUUCGAGAAAGACGACACGGCACAUGGCACGCAAACCGUUAUCCUGGUUGUCGAUGCAAUGUUCCAAGUGCUGCCUACCAGUACUCGUUUGCACCCUACACAGACUGGCCAGACAAUAUAUAACAAUGCUCUGGGAACAUGGGAUAUAACAGUGGUGAACUUGGGAACGUCUGAAGCCGAGACGAAAUCCUAUGAUGUAUUUGCCCCAGCCACUGGUGUCUUGAGUAAUGUAAAUCAUCCAGCAAUUCCUGGUCUGGAGUCAUUCACGAAAACCCGGAUUUUUCACACUGCUGAGUGGCCUGUUGAUCUUGAUUGGCAGAGCGCUUUCAAAGACGAACGCGUUGCUGUAAUAGGUAUCGGUUCUUCCAGUCUUCAGACUAUAGGUGCCAUUGCUCCACAUUGCAAGAAUCUCGAUAUUUAUGGUAGAUCUAAAUUUUGGGUCGUUCCGACCCUUUUUACGCUUAACUCCCUCCAAGGCCAUGAAUGGCACAAUGAGAACUUCUUGUACACGAAAGAGGAGCAAGCUGAUUUUAUCAAGAGUCCAGAGACCUUGUACCGCCAUCUCAAGGAAGUUUCUGCCUCCAUUAAUGGCUACUUUGCUUUGCCGUUGGGGCCGACCCCUGGUGCCGCUUUCCUGGAGGCGCUGAAGCUUCCUACUGUCGAUUUCACCAAUAAACCAAUCAAAAUGGUCACUACAAAUGGUAUCAUGACGGACGAUGGCAUCGAGCGCCUGAUGGAUCGCAUUAUCCUUGCGACAGGGUUCGACACAGGUUUCAAGCCGAGCUACAAGUUCAUUGGAGGAGACGGCGUCGAUCUCAGUGAUGUAUGGGCGCAGCGACCAAAGGCCUAUAUGUCAAUCGCCGUUACCGGAUUCCCCAACAUGUUCCUGAUGGGUUGUGGACCCGGGAUAACGUAUGUCAAUGGGUCACUAUUGCCCUGUACAGAGGCACAAGCCGACUACAUCGUCGCUUGCUUGUCGAAGCUGCAGAAACAAGAUAUAAAAACCAUGGAAGUUAACAAGGAUGCACAGGACGAGUACAAUAUCCAACGAGAAGCGCUUAUGAAGGAUCUCAUAUUUACCGAACCUUGUCCCUCCUGGUAUAAAGGCGGCAAAGUAGACGGUGAACCGGAUGCGCUCUACGCUGGUAGCACUCUUCACUACAUGGAAAUGUUAGCUUCUCCGCGAUGGGAGGACUGGAAGUUUGUCUCGAUACAUCCCAAUCGCAUUUCAUACUUGGGCAACGGAGCCUCUUCGAUCGAGGCUACUGGAGGUGACAGAGCAUACUACAUCACAAUUCAAGACGCGAGAAAUGCUCUGAAAGCCAGUGACUAUCGAGCAGACUGAGUAUGUGAUGAUCUAUAAUGAUUUCUUUUCGUUGUCCAAACAUUAUAAAUACAUAUCAUUGGUACAGAGACGGGAAUGUCACAGUUACGGCUUUGUACACUAACGUACAGGCUGCUAUGUGCAGAAUAUUUGUUAUAAUUACAACUUU